GUUUCCAUUUGCAUGCUACAAAUACAAUCAAAGGGCCACGCGAUAAAAUUCGAUAAAAACAUCAACUCCUUUGCAUUCCACUACUCUACAAUCAAAAUUUCCUUCUUUACCUCACCACAACUAAACAACAAUAUUACAAAAGUACAACCAUCGAAAAAAAUACCACCAACAUGUCUGCCAAUACUGUACAUGUCGAAAACAUUUCCCCGCAGACUAGCGAGAAGGAAGUUAAGGACUUCUUCAGCUUCUGGUGAGUGGCGACUCCUUUUCCUAAGCGCAUAUUUCCGCUAUGAUACCUUGAUAACUAACAUCGAUUUAGUGGCAAGAUCACAAGCCUUGAACUUGGAUCUGUUGGAGAGACACAAAAGGCUACCGUUCAAUUUGAGAAGGAAACCGCUGCCAAGACCGCUUUGUUGCUCGAUAACACCCAGCUUGGCUCUACUCAAGUCAAGGUUAGAAGUUCGUCAGGCUUCAAUGAGGACGAUGGAAACCAUUAUGCUUCCAACGAACAACGUGACAGCGACGAAAUAACCCAGGAGGAGAAGCCAAGAAGCCGUAUCAUCGCAGAGUAUCUUGCCCAUGGUUACGCUAUUGGGGACACCGCCGCUCAACGAGCUAUCGACCUUGAUCAGAAACAUGGAGUCUCUAGCCGCUUUCUCAACACCUUGACCAACCUCAACAACAAAUAUCACGCCACUGAAAAGGCCAAGGCCGCUGAUGAGUCUUAUGGUGUUACACAAAAGGCGAACUCCCUCCUUUCUGGUUUGACAUCCUAUUAUGAAAAGGCUGCUGGAACCCCAACUGGUCAAAAGCUUGUGAAUUUUUAUACACAAACUUCCCGCCAAGUUCAGGACAUUCACACCGAGGCUCGCCGCUUGGCAGAUAUUAAGAAACAGGAAGGCCCCCAAAAGGUCCCUGGUACCGAGAAGACAACUUGUAAGUGUGGUUCAGUUUCUGGAGAAUGCCCAUGUGCCCCUGGAGCUUGUGCCUGCAGCGAUUGUGGCAAAUCCGAUGUCAAGAAAGUCCCAGGUACUGAUAAAACAACCUGCGGUUGCGGCGGUAAUACCUCGAAGUGCGGCUGUGCUCCUGGUCAGUGCAGCUGCAACUCCUGCCCCAAGGCUGAAACAGAGAAGGUUCCUGGUAGUGAGAAGACAACUUGCAAGUGUGGUGGAAACAGCAAAGACUGUCCAUGCGCGGAAGGCCAAUGUGCUUGCACUGGAUGUUGCAAAUAGAUGUAUUUCUUUGUUCAUUUCAUUUUGGGUCAGGGGAAUCAAAUUUGUAUCACUAGUCUCCUGCUGACGUAGUUUUCUUACCUAGCUGAUUCAGCAGCUAUCGUGGAUUCAACCAAGGUUGCACCUCUCGAGUCUCAGUCAGAGAAGUCAACCUCUGCUUAAUGGUUUUUAUGGGUUGGUUUUUAUUAUGCAAUCACAAUCUUCGGGGCUGGAUGGGAAUGGUUGCAAAAACGGAUAUCAGGGAUGAAUCAUCAGAUUACUAUGGUUGGCAAUUUGCAAGCGAUGCGUUGGGGUUAGCGGAACAUGACAUGACGGUUAAUGACCAAUUUGCGAGCACCAAAUUAUGAAGUUUUAUUACCAUA